UUAUUCAUUAUUCUGUUAGCUGACCACCGUUCAUGAAAAAGUUGGUUUAGUUGCCCUGAGUCAGAUAUAUAUCCAUCAUCAUAAGCUCUUGUCUCUCAGCUCAAUUAAUUAAUAGCCAGCAAGAUAAACAAGCAAUAAUAUAAUAUACACUUCAUUUAUUUGAUUUAUUGUGUGUGUGAAAGAUGGCUGAUUCAGAUUUCGAGUUCGCAUCUGACAACGGAGUGCUGCCUGUCGAGGUGGACCCAGCUGCAGCUUUCUUAGCUCAGCAAGAAAGCGAAAUAGCGGUGAUAGAGAAUUACGACGGAGCUUUGGAGGGAUCCGCUGAGUUCCUCGAACAACCGCCGACCGCUGAUUCACCUGCUCCUGUACAAUAUGAUGCCGGAUUUGCAGAGGCAUCAGCGGCCACGGUAAACGGAAACAUGUUUGUGCUGGAGUCCAACGGUCCAUCGGACAGCUAUGCGGCCAUGGCCCAGGUGGACUCUCUGAGAGCAGAGCCUGAGUGCCUGCGUAAGUGGAGGGAGGAGCAGAAGGCACGGCUGGAGCAACUAGACUCUGCAUCCAAGGCGGCGGAGGCUGAGUGGAAAGAGAAGUCCAAGAAAGAGCUGGAGGACUGGCAUGUGCACCAGAUUGAACAGAUGGAGAAGAGCAAGGCCAACAACAGGGCAUCUGAAGAGGCCUUCCUGUCUGAGGCUGACGGCGACAGCCCAGGGACGGAGUGGGAGAGAGUGGCCCGUCUCUGUGACUUCAACCCCAAGACCAACAGGACGGCCAAGGACGUGUCCCGGAUGCGCUCGGUCCUCAUAGCCCUCAAACAGACACCUCUGGUGCGCUAGUACAGCCAAUGGAACGGCGGAGUGGUGACGAAGGUUUCCCUUCUUUUAAAACUGCUGGAGUUAUGAACCCUGUUUGCAUCUAGGCAGAAUGUGUACUAGCCUCUAAUCGUAUAGGUCUUCUUCUGAUGUAGGGUUCUUUUAUGUUCAGACCCUCCAAUGUCUCUGCUACGUGUUUCUACUACGCGUCCCUCCUGUUUCUAUUACGCGUUGUCCCUCAUGUUUCUCCUAUGCGUCCCUCCUGUUUCUCCUGUGUCUCUGCUACGUGUCCCUCCUGUUUCUCCUGUGUCUCUGCUAUGUGUCCCUCCUGUUUCUCCUGUGUCUCUGCUACGUGUCCCUCCUGUUUC